AUGGCUCCGGUUAGAGAAACAACAACAGUCACGCCACCUGUCACAGAAGACAAUGAGAUCCCAAUUCUUUUACCUCAACACAUCACACUUGGGGAAUACAUCUUUCUCAGAAUAGCGCAAGCAAACCCCAAACUCAAGACGGUGUUUGAAAUUCCCGGUGACUUUAACCUCAACUUGCUUGAGCACGCCUAUUCCCCAUUGGUUACGCACAAGGGCAUCAAAUUGAUUAACACAUGUAACGAGUUGAAUGGUGCGUACGCCGCAGACGCUUAUUCGAAAGCCAUUGACGGUUUGAGUGUUUUCAUUUCAACUUAUGGCGUAGGUGAAUUAUCGGCUAUCAAUGGUAUUGCCAAUGCUUACACUGAAUAUGGCGCGGUUUUGCACAUUGUGGGGACAACUUCCUUGAGACAACGCGAGGAGGCAAAGAACAAAAUUGUGAAUAUGCACCACUUGACUCCUAACCACGACCCACUUUCUCCUCCUGACCACGAUGUUUACAAAAAGAUGGUUGAUGGUGUGUCAUGUAUCCAAGAGUCAUUAGAUAAAAACAUUUCCAACAAUAUAACCAAAAUUGAUAAAGUUUUGAGAACAAUUAUUCAAGAAAGGAGACCAGGAUAUCUUUUCAUUCCUUGCGAUGUUCCUGACAUGAUCACAGCUUCGAAUGUGUUGUAUGAAUAUCCAUUUUCACCAUUGUCACAAUACCAAGGAACCGACCAGGCACAUACAGUAUUGAAUGAAAUUACAGACUCGAUCUUGUCAUUAUUGUACCAAUCCAGAGAUCCAACUUUAUUUGCUGACUGUCUUGUCAACAGAUUUGGAGCACAAAAAGAGCUCAACAGCUUGGUUGAAAAGUUGCCCGACUGCGUCAAGUUAUUCUCUUCCAACUUUGGAAGAAACAUUGAUGAAACAAAGUCAAACUUUGUUGGCGUGUACAUGGGAGCAGGCUCCUCCGAUGACAAAGUAAGAUUGUUGUUUGAAAACUCCGAUUUGUUGCUCCUCUUGGGAUUGUAUGACACAGAGAUGAAUAAUGGUGGUUAUACUCGGGAUUUUUCGAAAGCCGCCAACACAGUAAUUGUUCACCCCGAUUACAUUCAAAUUAAUAACGCAAUACAUCACAUUAAGCAAUUCACCGGUGAGAAAUUGUUUUCCAUGAAUGAAUUUUUGCAAAAUUUGACUGAAAAAUUGGACACAUCAAAGAUAACUGCCGUCAAGCAGUCAACUUAUCAGUACGUUCCUCAAAACGUGCAUGUACCUUCCAAAACAGACAGCUCUUACUGUCCACAAUCAAUGAUUAACAGCUUCUUCACCACAUACAUGCAACCAAAUGACUUUUUCAUUGUUGACACAAUGUCAUUUAGCUUUGGUGUAACCGAUAUCAAGUUUGCACCAAACGUACAGCUUCUUUCCGGUUGGUGUUAUGGAUCAAUUGGGUAUGCUGUGCCGGCAACAUUUGGUGCCACAAUGGCAAUCAAUGAUUUGGGUCUGAACCGACGUAUAAUCUUGGUGCAAGGAGAUGGUGGCGCUCAAAUGACUGCGCAGGAAUUUUCCAGUUUUAUCAGAUAUCAUAAGAUUUUGCACAAUUUUCCCAAGGUGUUUUUGUUGAACAAUGAUGGAUACACCAUUGAGAGGAAACUCCUAGGCCCAACAAGGUCAUAUAAUGAUAUAAAUGGGUUAUGGAAAUGGACGAAAUUGUUGCUGGUGUUUGGCGGUGUUGAAGGUGAAACCCAUGAUGCGUACAAGAUUCACAAUGUGAAGGAGUUUGAAGAGCAGUUGGGCAGUGGUAAUUUGGGUGAUAGUUCAAGAUUGCAAUUCUAUGAAAUCAUUGCUGGUAAGUUUGAUGUUCCUGCUCGUGUUGAUAGAAUGAUGACGGCUAAGUAG